UUUCUUUUUGACUCAGGAUGCAUGUUUCUAAUCAAAACCGCCCGUAACUUUCCUGGCUGUUUCUGGGUUUGGCUUCCUUCCACCAAUCUAUAAGAGGGAUGGCAGGAAGGGAAGUCAAUUGAAAAUACCAAGUUGAGAUUUGAAUCUGUUUUUGCGUUGCAGAACCGGUGAGGAGUUCAACAAUGGCUUCCCUAAACAUUUCUUCCCCUGCAACAGCACCUUAUUGGAAGAAACCAGCUGGGGAGAAAUGGUUAGAAGAGUAGUUGGGUUUGGCAAAGCUUUGAAAGUUUCGUGAUUGUAUCAGAAUUUCUCACUUAAAAAUGUCACGAACAUUGUCAAGCCAUUCCUACAUCCAUCUCAUAUGUUCAGGACUCUUGGUCUAGCUACGACACCGAACGUUGAGAAACAGCGUCUUGUCCAACCAAGAACCUUGACGGGUGCCUUGGUUCUGCCGGACCAUCUGAGUCUUCGAUCCUGUGAAAAACAGAAAAAACAUUGAGGAACUUUUCAUUUGACUAUUUUAAUUAGCUUUUCUAAAAGUUUUAAACAAUCACAGUUUGUAUAAAUGUCUGGGGAUUAAUUCUAUUUAGAGAGCAUUCAGAAACUUCAAAUUGUUCAGUGGACUGCACCAUAUGAAAGUGUUUUCUGGUAAUGGGCACACAUCCAAAUUUUCCUUCCCCCAGCUGGGAGGCAAUUCAUUUGCCAGGACGAAGAAGGCAGGUAACAUUAAAGUUGCAUUAUCAUCUGGAGAAGGUGACCUCCUUUUUCAUGCCACCGGGAUGGCCAACAGUACGUUGAUUGGUGGCUUAUCAGCUGAGGUUGAGAUACAGCCCGAUGCUGUAGCAUUCGGAACACUUGUAGCAGAUACAAUUCCUGCAACUAUUGGUUUUCCUACUGAUGAUGAUGAAUUUGAUUUAGACCAUCCAACUGAAGGUUUCUCAUCUAUCCCAGAGGCAAUUGAAGAUAUACGCCAGGGAAAGAUGGUAGUGGUUGUAGACGAUGAAGAUAGAGAAAAUGAAGGAGAUCUAAUAAUGGCGGCAUCUAUGGCCACACCUGAAGCAAUGGCCUUUUUUGUCAAGCAUGGAACUGGGAUUGUUUGUGUCAGCAUGAAAGGGGAAGAUCUAGAGAGGUUGGAACUUCCUUUGAUGGUAAACCAAAGGGAAAAUGAAGAGAAACUUUGCACUGCAUUUACAGUGUCAGUGGAUGCAAAACAUGGUACAACGACAGGGGUGUCAGCUCAUGAUAGAGCAACAACGGUAUUAGCUCUUGCAUCCAAAGAUUCAAAGCCUGAGGAUUUUAACCGCCCUGGCCAUAUAUUUCCAUUAAAGUAUAGGGAGGGUGGUGUUCUGAAAAGAGCUGGGCAUACAGAAGCAUCUGUUGAUCUUGCCAUGCUAGCUGGGCUUGACCCCGUUGCUGUUAUAUGUGAGAUUGUUGAUGAUGAUGGUUCCAUGGCCAGAUUGCCAAAGCUUAAGCAAUUUGUGCAGUCACAUAAUUUGAAAAUUGUAUCCAUUGCUGAUCUAAUCAGGUAUAGGAGGAAGAGAGAUAAAUUAGUGGAACUUUCUUCUGCUGCAAGAAUACCUACUACAUGGGGGCCUUUCAGAGCCUACUGUUAUAGGUCAGUUUUGGAUGGGAUUGAGCAUAUCGCUAUGGUCAAGGGUGAUGUUGGGGAUGGGCAGGACAUUCUUGUGAGGGUACAUUCAGAGUGCCUCACAGGAGAUAUAUUUGGAUCAGCCAGAUGCGACUGUGGGAGCCAACUGGCCCUUGCAAUGCAACAGAUUGAGGCUGCUGGUAGGGGCGUGCUGGUAUAUCUUCGUGGUCAUGAAGGGAGGGGUAUUGGUUUGGGGCACAAGCUUCGUGCUUAUAACCUACAGGAUGAUGGGCGUGAUACUGUGGAAGCCAAUGAGGAGCUGGGUUUGCCUGUUGAUUCAAGAGAGUAUGGCAUUGGUGCACAGAUACUAAGAGAUCUUGGGGUUCGAACAAUAAAGUUGAUGACAAACAACCCUGCAAAAUACAGUGGACUCAAGGGCUAUGGUUUGAUGCUUUCAGGGAGGGUCCCCCUUUUCACCCCGAUUACCAAGGACAACAAAAGAUACCUGGAGACAAAACGUGCUAAAAUGGGCCACAUAUAUGGUGCAGAACUCAUUGGCCGUCCUAGCGGUAUCAUCAAUGGAAAUGGUAAUCCGGGAUCUGACUGUUAGACUGAUGCUUUUUGAACAUAGCUGUGCCUCCAAGAUCCAGAAACUCAAUAUACCUGAUUACUUAAAGCAAUUUCAUUCUUUUGAAGCUAGAUAUGCUUUCUCUUGAACUACAGAAUGACCAAAAUUUGUGAUGAAAGUUUCGGCUGGGAUUUUGAUAUACAAUUCUUUGAGAAAUGUUGGUUGCACAAAAUAUAUAGCACAUAGCUAGUUUCAGUGGCUUUACUGAUCACUUAAAGCAAUGUUUCAGGAAACAGAUGAUGAUGUUGGAUUUAUAUAUGACAUUGUAGUGAAUUCAGUGAGGUGAAAAGAAAAAAAUGUUACAGCUCAUAUUCUUAUAAUUCAAUACCCUUUAAUCUGUUAA